AUGAACAUGUGCAUGAAGUUUGGCAAGCAAAUCCAGAAAAGGCAGCUCGAGGUUCCUGAGUAUGCAGCGAGUUUUGUAAAUUACAAGGCGCUGAAGAAGCUCAUCAAGAAGCUAUCUGCUACGCCCACACUUCUCGCCCAAAAUGAUGUUCACCGCGCAAUUGGUGUAAUAGACUCUCAAUCUGCCUUACAGGCGAACAAAGCUACAUUCUUCUUUCAGUUGGAACGAGAACUUGAGAAAGUCAACGCCUUUUAUCUCCAGAAAGAGGCCGAGCUCAAAAUUCGGCUCAAGACCCUUUUAGACAAAAAGAAGGUUCUUCAAUCACGAAAUGGAAGUACCUCCAGACGGUCCGCAAAGUUCACAACUUUAGAAGAGGGCUUCCAGCAAUUCGGAAAUGAUCUCAAUAAACUUCAGCAGUUUGUCGAGAUAAAUGGAACGGCGUUCUCCAAGAUUUUGAAAAAGUGGGAUAAGACCUCUAAAUCAAAAACUAAAGAGCUCUAUCUCUCUCGUGCUGUGGAGGUACAACCUUUCUUCAAUGCGACGGUAAUCAGCGAGCUAUCAGAUCAGGCCACUACUAGUCUACAGGAGCUUGGUGCUUGGGCUGAAGGAGACAAUAUCAGCUUUGAAAGAAAUCCAGAGCACAUCGUCAGCAGUCAACAUUUGCUCGGAACAGACGAGGGCGAUGCAGAUACAUUGCUGCUAGAGACUGUGAUAUCUGGUAACCUUGAACCUUUGAAAGAUCUCCUUUUGCGACUGAGGACUGCGACGGACCCAAAUGAUUCCCCAGAUACUGCUCUAUUGGAGCGUAUUACGAGAACAUUUCUCGCAGCGAUCAAUGAGGGACCCCAAGCAUCACUCCAGCUGCUUCUAGAUACCGGUCUGGUAGAUAUACUGUCAGAAGAUGACAUCAAUGAGCGAAACUGUCUUCACCAGGCUACCAUAUAUGGCAACUUUUUCGUUCUCGGGGUCGGAAUCUCGAAUGGCGUGGCUGUAGACCGUACUGAUGUUUACGGGCGUGUACCGUUGCAUUAUGCUUGUAUGCAUGGCCGUCUAGAUAUGAUGGAGGCUUUGCUCAAUCAGGAUCAAGCAACCAUCGAUCUGAUUGACCAUGACAAUUUCACGCCUUUAAUUCAUGCAAUUAUCCACGGACACCUCGAUUGUGCAGAAAGACUUCUUGGUCUAUCCGCUCGUAUUGAUCCCAUCUCUGACACUGACCAUGUCCCACUCAACUUGGCUUGCGAACAUGGCUCUGUGGCUAUAGUGGAGCUUCUUUUGAAGCAUGGCGCUGCUAUCUUGCCAGAUGCUGAAGGUCUGUUCCCUCAGCAUCUUGUCGCACGUUCAGGUCAGACUCCACAGCUCCUUCUUCUCUUGAAGGACCACGGGGCAGAUCUUGACCAAAUCGACAAGCUCUAUUCCUGGACACCGCUCUUCCAUGCCGCGAGUGAAGGAAAUGUGCCUUGCAUGAAGACACUUCUGCAAGUUGGAGUCAACACAAAAACCCAGGAUGAGAAGGAGCUGUCCGCGAUGUACUAUGCAGCUUGGGAGGGUCACUUGGAAUGCAUGAGGCUAUUGUUUUCGAUUCCUGGCGAAACACGACGACAGGGGACCUCACAGCUUGGGCCAAUGAUUGGCAGUAGUGCACCAUUACCUAUGAGCAUAGAUGCCGACGGAAUUCCUGAACUUGAACUUCCGCCUCCCAUUAUUCCUUUACGACGAUACGGCCACAACUUUCUCGAUACCAAAACCUUCAUACAGAUCAGUUUCGAAGAGAAUGGCGAACAACCUAUGAUAUUCUUCCACGACAGUAAAUACCCAGCAGCUCGCCUUACUAUCUCUUCGAAACUCUCCGAUUUAAUACCCAAGAACAUUUUACUACCAUUUCAGGAAGAUACCAGGCUUGUUUCGUUUCAGAUCGAUAAUUUGGAUUCUUUUGCGAUCGACUUCGAUGUUUUCCCCACCUACGGCGCAAAAGUUAUUGCAAAAACUGUUGCAUUGCCUAGUACUUUCCGAGCGUUAAUGAGCAGCUCGGGGCGCUGCUGUUUGCCCCUUUUUGAUCCACGGCUAAGAGCUAUCGGUCAAAUCACCUUCAAUUUUCAUGUCAUCAAACCUUUUCAGGGAAAACCAUUGGAGAUUACGGACUUCGAGACAUAUUGGAAGGCAACAAGCCAAUUCGACCACAGACCAAGUGCUUUCAUCACCGGCUCAAGUUUAUCUGGAUACUAUGUCCAACUUUUCGUUCAGCACACUUGCGAUGGAAUUCCUGUGCUCUGGCCGACGUGGACAAUAGACUACAUGGACAUUGAGUUUCCUGUGAGCCGUUUGACAUAUGCGCAAUUCAUCAGUGCAGGUUCCCGCCAUGCCACAAAAACAGUAGAUCUUGCGAACAUGCCAAAUCUUGAGCUGGAUUCUCUCGCAGAAAUCCAUCGGGUACUCUCGACGUCAGCUGUCUCACUAAAGGAUGCUCUCAGUCUAUUGCCAAAAUGUAUGCACGUCAACCUUCAAGUACUGUACCCGUCAUCAGAAGAAGAGAAAGCUCUCCGCCUUGGCCCGACAGUCAACAUCAAUUGUUUCGCCGACGCGAUCCUAGGAGUUGUCUUUGACCACGCCAGGGUUCUUAGAGAACAGAGUCCAGAUUUGAUACGAUCUAUUGUCUUCAGCUCAUACAACCCCACUGUCUGCACAGCCCUAAACUGGAAACAACCCAACUAUCCAGUGUUCUUGUGCAAUGAUCUUGGCCACGAGGGUGCGAAGACGGAGGCUUUCAAUGCCAUAUCCAGUAGUGGACGGCGAACAACUUCGAUUAAAGAAGCUGUGAGGAUUGCCCAGGAUAAUAACUUUAUGGGCUUAAUAUGUGUCUCUAGACUAUUGGAUAUUGUACCAGCAUUGGUCGAGGCAAUCAAAGCACAAGGAUUGGUUCUGGUGACAGACAAGACCGCGGAAUCGGAAUCGGAACAGGCAAACCUCAAUGACCCAUUCCCUAGACUUCCAGAGGGUAUCGAUGGAGUGCUGAAAGCGAACGGGGUCUUGAGGUUUAAUGAGAGCAUUGACAUGUAA